GUAGUCGCCGCUGAGCUGCUCGAAGCCUUGGUUUCCAGCAGGGAUAGAGGGGUUGUAGCCGGGCGGAGACACUGUAGGUGGACGCUGUGAACAUGAGGACCGCCGACUGGGGGCUGCACUGGGCUGUCGCACUACUCUUCGCUGCGGUGGGGGCUAAAGUGGAAGGCAAGUGUGGAAGAAACGAGUUUCAAUGUCUGGAUGGAAAAUGCAUCUCCUACAAGUGGGUCUGUGACGGCAGCCCCGAGUGCCAGGAUGGCUCUGACGAGUCCCAGGAGACAUGCAUGUCCGUCACCUGCAAAUCGGGGGACUUCAACUGUGGGGGCCCUGUCAACCGCUGCAUUCCUAACUUUUGGAAAUGCGAUGGCCAAGUGGACUGUGAGAAUGGCUCAGACGAGCAAAACUGUCCUGCCAAGACCUGCUCCCAGGACGAGUUCCGCUGCCACGACGGCAAGUGCAUCUCGCAGCAUUUUGUCUGUGACCGGGACCGAGACUGCUUGGACGGCUCGGACGAGGGCUCCUGCCCGGUGACCACCUGCGGCCCCGCCAGCUUCCGCUGCAACAGCUCCGCCUGCAUCCCGGAGCUGUGGGCUUGCGACAGUGACCCCGACUGCGAGGACGGCUCAGACGAGUGGCCUCAGCGCUGCGGGGGCCGCGACACAUCCAGCCCCCAGCGGGACUCCGGCCCCUGUUCCUCCCUUGAGUUCCACUGUGGCAGCGGCGAGUGUAUCCACGGCAGCUGGAGGUGCGACGGCGGCCCUGACUGCAAGGACAAGUCCGACGAGGAGAACUGCACUGUGGCCACCUGCCGCCCUGAUGAAUUCCAGUGCUCCGAUGGGACCUGCAUCCAUGGUAGCCGGCAGUGUGACAGGGAGCAUGACUGCAAGGACAUGAGUGAUGAAGUCGGCUGCGUCAAUGUGACACUUUGUGAGGGGCCCAACAAGUUCAAAUGCCACAGCGGUGAAUGCAUCCCCCUGGACAAAGUGUGCAACUCAGCCAGAGACUGCCGGGACUGGUCAGAUGAGCCCCUCAAGGAAUGCGGGACCAACGAGUGCUUGGACAACAACGGGGGCUGUUCGCACAUCUGCAAUGACCUCAAGAUCGGCCACGAGUGCCUGUGCCCCGAUGGCUUCCGGCUCGUGGACCAGCGCAGAUGCGAAGAUAUCGACGAGUGUCAGGACCCUGCCACCUGCAGUCAGCUCUGUGUGAACCUGGAGGGUAGCUACAAGUGCAAGUGCGAGGAGGGCUUCCAGAUGGACCCCCGCACCCAGACCUGCAAGGCCACCGGCUCCAUCGCCUACCUCUUCUUCACCAACCGCCACGAGGUGAGGAAGAUGACCCUGGACCGCAGCGAGUACACCAGCCUCAUCCCAAACCUCAAGAACGUGGUUGCCCUAGACACCGAGGUGGCCAGCAACAGAAUCUAUUGGUCUGACCUGUCCCAAAGAAAGAUCUACAGCACCCAGAUUGACAGAGCCCCCAGCUUGUCCACCUAUGACACUGUCAUCGGCAGUGACCUCCAUGCUCCUGAUGGGCUGGCUGUGGACUGGAUCCACAGCAACAUCUACUGGACCGAUUCUGUCCUGGGCACCGUGUCCGUGGCCGACACUAAGGGCAUGAAGAGGAGAACGCUGUUCCAGGAGAUCGGCUCCAAGCCGAGGGCCAUCGUGGUGGAUCCCGUCCACGGCUUUAUGUACUGGACAGACUGGGGCACCCCUGCCAAGAUCAAGAAAGGGGGCCUGAAUGGUGUGGAUGUCUACUCGCUGGUGACAGAAGACAUCCAGUGGCCUAACGGCAUCACACUGGAUCUCUCCAAUGGCCGCCUCUAUUGGGUAGACUCCAAACUCCACUCAAUCUCUAGCAUUGAUGUCAAUGGGGGAAACCGGAAGACCAUCCUGGAGGACGAGAAGCGGCUGGCCCACCCCUUCUCCUUGGCCAUCUUUGAGGACAAGGUAUUCUGGACUGACAUCAUGAACGAAGCCAUCUUCAGCGCCAAUCGCCUCACAGGCUUGGAUAUUGACUUAGUGGCGGAAAACCUGCUGUCCCCCGAGGACAUUGUCCUGUUCCACAACGUCACACAGCCCAGAGGUGUGAACUGGUGUGAGAGGACAACCCUCCCCAAUGGUGGCUGCCAGUACCUGUGUCUGCCAGCCCCACAAAUCAACCCCCACUCCCCCAAGUUCACCUGUGUCUGCCCAGAUGGUAUGCUGCUCGCCAGGGACAUGAGGAGCUGCCUCUCAGAGGCGGAGCCUGUAGUGACCACCCUGGGGCCGUCCACCGUCAGGCCCAGGGUCAGCUCCACAGCCAGGAGGCCCAAGCCCACAGACCACCGACCUGCUUCCAGCGCCCCCUGGCGGCCUGCGGCUGUUCCUGGGCUCACCACCGUGGAGUCGGCGACCAUGUCCCACCAAGUCCUGGCUGAAGUUGCCGACAGAGGGAAGGAGGAGAAGCCUCGGAGCGUGGGGGCUCUGUCCAUCGUCCUCCCCAUUGUGCUGCUUGUCCUCCUCUGCUUUGGGGCCUUCCUCGUCUGGAAGAACUGGCGGCUGAAAAACAUCAACAGCAUCAACUUUGACAACCCCGUGUACCAGAAGACCACGGAGGACCAGGUCCACAUUUGCCGCAGCCAGGACGGCUACACCUACCCCUCGAGACAGAUGGUCAGCCUGGAGGAUGAUGUGGCGUGAACAGCUGCUGAGAGCCCAGUCCCUUCCCGGAACCUGUUGCCACUCAUGGGCAGGAAGGACACUUUCUCCCGGGGCCCUUGACCACUGGCUAUCACCUACUUCCUCUAAACCCUUCUGGCACCCCCAGGGCUUCCGUCUCCUUCAGAGUCAGCAAAGACCAAAGGCGCCGCUGGCCACCAAAGCCUGGUGCCUGUCUGCCAGAGCUUUGUUUUAUAUAUUUAUUCAUCUGGGAGGCAGAACAGGCUUCUGACAGCGCCGCGGAGCGGGUUCUGCUUGGGGUUUUGGUUUUUUCUUUCCGUAUGAAGGAGAAGAGGAAAAGACCCGAGGAGCCGGGAUGAGUCUCAGUUCCUCUAAGUUCAGCCCUUUUCUUUCCUGCAUCAUAAAGAAGCGGAGGACAGUGGAACACAGGAGGAGAGGCAGCAAGUGGCUUGGAACUUGACAGCAGGUGUUCCAAGGUCCCAGGCACUGCCGCAUCCACCCACCCCAGCCCACGCCCCUCCACACUCCGCCUCCCUGCUGCCAGAGGGAGCCUGACCCUGAAGGGGAAGGGCGCCCCCUACUGCUAAGGCAGCACCGUCCCGCGCUUUCCCUCGCCAAAGCUUUGCCAGUUCCCCAGGAAAAGCCUGAGUCACCAGUCGCCCUUAAUACUCGUGAAGUGCCUGAAACACCCGCUUACCUUGUUCCUGGGGACGCCCUGCCUCCGCCCUCCAUGACUCCGGACUGCGCCCUGAUCCCGCCCACCGGAUCCUGUGCUUCGCUUCCUUUGAUCUCCUCGCACUUUUUCAGUUCAGGGUUGUACAUUGUGUAAAUGUGACAUUCUUGUUAUUUUGCACUGUUUUCUGUCACGUGUGUUGGGAUGGGAUCACUGGCCGGAGGUGGCCCGUGUUGGUGAAUGCAGGAGAAGAUGCAUGUGGAGGAAAGAAAAGGUCAGAUCACUGGGGACUGCUUCAAAGCCAUGAUUGCGAAUAUUUGGAAUAGGCAAACCCUCCUGCAUUAUUUUUUUUUUUUCCCUUUUUGCCAGUGCAGAGGGUUAAACUCAGGAUUUUAUACAAGCCAGGCAAGCGCUCUGCCCCUGAGCUCCCAGGCCGCUUGCUUUAUUUUCUUAACAUCUGCCAGGUCACUUCUAUGCAAAAGUCCCAGAGCCAUUAACUUCCCUGUCUGUGAUCCUCAAAGGCUGCGCACGAGAAACUCACAGCCUUUCACCCUUUAGGGAAUCUCCUCUAGGUCAUUUGAUGGAACUUGAAAAGCCAGGAUUCUUCCUGAAAUGGCCACAAAUUUUAUCAUUGCAUGGUUGCAGGGAUGGGUCAAAGAGACAGGGGCAGCCUCCCGGAUCCCCACACAGAGACAUCUGAAGGGACUCUUACUGGCUCAGUACGCAAUGAUCAAACACUGUGACUCCAGUAGUAAACUGUGCUGGUCUUUUCUUUCUGAAGCAUGUAAAUAGAUCCCUGUGCAGCUGGUAGCACUUGUGAUUAUGUUUGCACUUUGUAUAUUUUUGAAUGUUAUCAUAUAUAUAUAUAUAUAUAUAAAUUAUUUAUUUUUGCAAACCCUGUUUGCUGCAAUCGUUGGUGACAUUUCUAGGGGCUCUGCAUUAGGGGUAGUGGUCUCUGAGAUGUCUCAUCUUUAUGUACAAAGAUUAUUCACACGGUCUGGACCGUGUAGCUUGUUUCAGGAGAGUGACAUCCAGGUGUCCUUGUAGUUGCUUCAGGGGUAUGGACACUUGCAUUUUAAAACACUGUAUAGAAUUUUUUUUUUUUUUUAUCCUGAAUGUCUUACUGUGAUAGAUUAAAUUUCUUAAAUGAGCCAUCUGGCUAAACCUGA